GGUAGUGGAGGAACCAAUACGGAUCCUGAUUCGGGGGUUUUAAAUCCUGACGCUGACUCCACACAUAGCCGGUUGGACGAAACCAAGCAGAGGGGCAUGGCUUGGUGCAAUGGAAAUCCAGUUCGGUGUUCGUUCUCCUCGUUGGAGCUCCUGCAGGCUUCUUCCAUUUCUCGGCGGAUAAAGACGACCGAACCAGUGUCAUGGUUUCGUAGUUUCCAAGAUCCUCUUUUGCAGUUGCAGAAGCCUAAGGGGUUUACAGUGAUUGGAACCAAUGUAAUUAAGGUUACGAGUGUUCGUCACGCCGAUAGUUCAAAUGAUUGGUUUCAACAACGAGAACCGAAGUCCCUCGCUGUUGAUAAGAGAAUGAACAAGAAACCAGGGAAAAAAGAGCAUCACUUGUGGAUCAAAAGAGAAUCAGCCGGGUCAGGGCAAAAGGCUAUCAAUCUCGUCCGAAUUGUGUCAGGACUUCCCAAUGAGAAAGAAGCCGUGUAUGGAGCACUAGAUAAAUGGACGGCUUGGGAGACAGAAUUCCCAUUGAUUGCAGCAAGUAAAGCUCUAAGUAUUUUACGGAAGAGGAACCAAUGGUUGCGCAUAAUUCAAGUUUCCAAGUGGAUGUUGGCCAGAGGUCAAGGACUGACGAUGGGAACAUAUGACACUCUGCUGUUGGCAUUUGAUAUGGAUGGAAGGAUAGAUGAGGCUGAGUCUCUAUGGAACAUGAUUUUGCAUGCUCAUACACGCUCUGUCUCAAAGCGGUUGUUUUCUAGGAUGAUCUCUUUGUAUGAUCAUCAUCACAUGAUGGAGAAGAUAAUAGAGGUCUUUGCAGACAUGGAAGAAGUGGGGGUGAAACCUGAUGAAGACACAGUAAGCAAAGUGGCACGCGCAUUCCAGAAGUUGGGCCAAGAAGACAAGAAGAGGAUGGUGGUCAAGAAAUACCAGUCGAAAUGGAAAUAUAUGCAUUUCAAUGGUGAAAGGGUUAGAGUAAGGAAAGAUGUGUGGGAUGGAUAGUUCUGGUCAAACCAAUGAAAUGGAAUGAAGUAUGGAUUUUUGAUGGUGCUUGUAGCAGCAUUUAGCCUAUGGACUUAAAAACUUUCAUAUCUGGAUUCUGUAUUCGACAUUCCAAAGUGUGAAGACUGAAGGGAAGAAAAAAGUCUAUUACAGCUGUCAGAGUAUGAGGUCUAAUCAACCAGAAGUUGCUCUUGCAAUCGCUUUUUGUGGAUUGAUGGUGGAAGCUAUAUCCUCAUUUCCAUGUCCAGUGGUAGACAGUCUUUUCCUUCAGAUUUUUUCAGUGUACGGUGUAAAAAUGUGUAUGAAAACAGGAUUUGGUUAUACCCGAUGACAGAAGGGAUCAUUGUAACAAAGAAAGUGCUCUUAUAUAUGAUGAAAUCUUGUAUUCCACUCUCCUAAUUCACAAUAAACUCUUUCUUGGAUAA